AUGAAUUAAAACCACGUAAAGUCGUAAAUUAGUCAUCUUAUCACAUGGGACCCAUAAAUGGGCAUCAGACCAUUCUUCUUUCAAGUUCAAAACUUUAGCAAAUGGACCAUUUUUAAACCCAUGUCCAUGUUUACUUAGCAAAUCUAAGUCCAAUAAUUCCUUCCAGCAAGAUUUACGGUUAGUGCCAAAAAACUUGCUUAUCUGAUGUGUCCAACAGGUGCAUCUCUAUUUCUAUCCGUAAAGCUUCACAUUGGAAAAUAAAUUUGAUUUUAGCAGAUUCGGUCAUAGGUUUUGCAUAGCUGAUGGAUGACAUAUGUGCUCUGCAAAAUAAUUUCAAGAUAUUCUUUACAUGGAAAUUUAAGAGCGACAAUAACAGAGUGCUCUCCUCCAAAACCCUAAUCCAAAAACCCUUCUCCCUACUCCCAAAACCCUUGUCUUGUCUCCACUCAUCAGCUCCACCUCAUACGAUUCCUCAAGAUAAUUCCACAAAGCACAGAACCCUUCUUGUUGAGAGCUACCAUGAACACAAAAGGCUAAAAAUCUUGCUUGCUAAGCUCAACAAGAAGGGCUCUUGCCCUUUGGAAAUGCUUCAGGAUGAUGGAGAUUGGUCCAAAGACCACUUUUGGGCUGUCAUCAGAUUCCUUAAACAAUCCUCCAGAACAAAGGAGAUUCUUCAGGUGUUUGACACUUGGAAGAACAUAGAGAAAUCACGAAUUAAUGAAUUCAACUAUGAGAAGAUUAUAAAUUUAUUAUGUGAAGAAGGUAUAAUGGAAGAUGCAUCUUUGACAUUCAUAGAAAUGAAGAGUUUUGGUUUGAGUCCUUCCCUACAAAUAUUCAAUUCCUUGAUUCAUGGUUAUGCAAGUAACGGGAAGUUUGAUGAUGCCUUGUUUUACCUUAAUCAGAUGAAAGAAAUUAAUUUGUCAUCAGAAAGUGAUACCUAUGAUGGUUUGAUUCAGGCUUAUGGAAAGUACAAAAUGUAUGAUGAAAUGGGUAUGUGCUUGAAGCAAAUGGAGAUAGAUGGGUGUUCGCCUGACUGCUUUACUUAUAAUUUACUUAUCCGAGAAUUUGCACAAGCUGGGUUGCUUACAAAAAUGGAAAGAUUAUAUCAAUCUAUGAGAACAAAAAGGAUGGACUUGCAAUCGUGUACUUUGAUUGCCAUGCUUGAGGCUUAUGUGAACUUUGGAAUAGUAGAAAAGAUAGAUAAGGUUUUAAGAUGGGUGCGGAAAUCCAAAGCCACUUUAAAGGAAGAUUUAAUAAGAAAAAUAGCUGUGAUUUAUAUUGAAAAUCUCAUGUUUUCAAGAUUAGAUGACCUAGGAGAUGAUCUUUCAUCUCGAAGUGGUAAAACUGAUAUUGUUUGGUGUCUGCACCUCCUUUCUAGUGCGUGUUCAGAAAUUCCGAAAUUCCAAGUUCGGCCGCCGAACGUUGUAUGGUUUUGCAUACAGUUUCGGCAGCCGAAGGAAAGGCGGUUGGCCACCUAUAAAGGCCCCUUUGACCGGCCAUGGAGGGAGCUG